AUGGCUUCUUGUAUUCUUUCUUUCUUGCUUCUGAUUCUGAGCAUGCAAGCAAAUAGAGCAAUAGGUUGCAUUGAGAGGGAGAGGAACACACUUCUCAGCUUUAAAGCCGGCCUACCUGAUCCAUCCAACUUCUUGUCUUCAUGGGAAGGCCGCGAUUGCUGUAAAUGGACGGGAGUCGUCUGCAGCAAUACGACGAGCCAUGUCGUGAAGCUCAAACUUGGAAAUUUAGCAUUGAGUGGUGAGAUCAACCCGUCUUUGUCUCUUUUGAGUGAUCUAAAGCACUUAGAUCUUAGCAUGAAUAAUUUUCAUGGUAACAGCAUUCCCACGCAUAUAGGUUCUUUGCAAAAGUUGAAAUAUCUUAACCUCUCCAAUGCAUGGUUCAAUGGAAUCGUGCCUGCUCAACUUGGAAACCUAUCAAAUCUCCGCUAUCUCGAUCUCAUUCCAAAUUGGAACCAAGUAGUAAACAUGCUUCCAUCCUUAGAAGUGCUUCAUUUGAAAGACUGUCUUCUUUCUGGAAUUCCCACGUCUCUGCCGUACGUCAACUUUACAUCUCUGAAAGUGCUUGAUCUAAGUGGUAACCUCAUCAACUCUACCUUACCUAAAUGGCUGUGGAAUCUUAGUCGCAUCACUCAUCUCGACCUUUCAUACAACAAUUUACAUGGAUUUAUUCAUGAUGAAUUUAGCUGCUUGAAAUCCCUCAAUGUUCUUUCUUUACGUGGUAAUAAUUUCAAAGGAGAAUUUCCUUCUUCCUUGCAAUAUUGUCGACAGUUAGUUUUUCUUGACCUUGGGCAUAACAAGUUCUCCGGAGCAAUACCAACAUGGAUUGGAGAAAAAAGUUUGUCAUCUCUCAUGAUUCUUAGCUUGCAUGCAAAUAUGUUUUCUGGCAGCAUUCCCCCACAAGUUUUACAGCUUGGAUAUCUUCAAGUGUUGGAUCUAUCUCAUAACAAUCUAUCGGGGAUUAUACCCCGAUCUAUUGGCAAUUUCAGCUGGAUGGCUUUGUCAAAAAGUGGAAAGACAAAAAAUAUGGGAGUAUUUAAGCUAGAAACAUACUUGGACUUUUCAGCUAGUUUUUUGUUUGUUAUUAAAGGGGCUGAACGACUCUUUUCGAACAUUCUCGAAUUUAUGGAGAGCAUAGAUCUUUCUGAUAAUAACUUAUCUGGGGAGAUUCCUGACGAGAUUGGAGAUUUGUGGGCACUGCAAAACUUAAAUUUGUCGCGAAAUCAUUUAUCAGGAAAUAUCCCAGAGAUUAUCGGCAAAAUGAAGUCUUUGGAAUCUCUUGACCUUCGAAUGAACAAUCUUUCUAGCACUAUUCCACAAAGCCUCUCCGCAUUGACUUAUUUGAAUCACUUAAAUUUAUCAUACAAUAAUCUAUCAGGACCAAUUCCGACAGGAAAUCAACUGCAAACCCUUCCUGACCCGUCUAUUUACAUUAGCAAUCCAUAUCUUUGUGGACCACCGACUACUAAAAAUUGCUCUACAAAUGAAUCAGUUCACGAUUUAAGCGAAGGGACUGCAGUAGAUUCGACAAGUUUGAAAGAUUAUGGCUCUCAGUCAGUGUGA